AUGUUGUCCACGAUGGUCCGCCCCGAGGACACUCUUAGGAUGCCUCGCUCAUAUCAUGGCGACCUUGAAGAGAAUGGUGCUAGACGAAUGCCAGAGCCAACCGCCGCGUCGUCUUCAUCUUCUUCUAUCAAUACGGAAGGACUGUCAAGGAGCGAGGAUGAAGCUACACUGGUCAAUGGAUCAAUGGGUGAUCAUCGCAGCACCGCCUCGACCUCUGCGGGACCACGGCUCCGGUCGCCGGAGGAAACGAUCGAGCUGGCUCGCCGUGCGGUGGAGAAUGGCAUUCAAGAAACUAAACGGUCCUUGGCGGGAAGUGAAGCGGUCAGUGAUGUGGUGAAGCCCAAGUUGACCAUCGACUUGGGCCAUUCCAGUAUCGUCCGCCUUCCGGAAGCCGUGGUGGACAUCAUUAAAGAUGAAGUGGAGCGGCUAUCUCUGUCGCACAACCACCUGUUCCACAUCCCAUAUCGCUUCGCAGAAUGCUCGCAUCUGAAGUAUCUUAACAUCCGGUCCAACAACUUCCGAGAAUUCCCCAAAGGCGUAUACAAGCUGCCUUUCCUCGAGAUUCUGGAUCUCAGUCGCAACAAACUCAGCCACCUUCCUGAGGAAAUCAAACGCCUCACCUCCUUGCGUGUCUUGUCUGUGGCGCAGAAUCGUCUAGAUGAGUUGCCGCUGGGGCUGUCGGAUAUGAACAAACUCCAGAUCCUCAAGGUGGCCGGCAACCCUUUGCGGCAACCCUUGCAACGGCUUCUGGAAGCACCGGAUGCCGACGUGGCCGCGUCCGCCAUGACGGAUAACGAGAAGGAGGUUGCCCUGACUGCCGAGCUGAAGAGAUUUCUCAAGACCAAACAGCCGGUCACCACCCCGGAAAGUGAAAUCGCUGAGAUUGUGUGGGAUACUCCCAGACCUGUCAAGCAACGUGGAGUCAGCAGUCGAUUCCCUGUGAUCCCUAGCACGGGGGACAGUGCCUCCGACCCCAAGUCCCCGUCUCUGUCACGACCUCCGCCGAUUCCGCUGAAGUCCCAUUAUCGGGUAGCUUCCGGCCAAGCCUCUUUCCACAACGGCAUGCUUCAACGGCCUGGUAUGACCCCGCUCGUCGGUCUCAACGAGCGCAAUCGCAGCAACAGCGAAGGCAUCAUCCAAGCUUCCUUCGCGGCGCGGUUUAAACGGAUGGGCGUGAUCAACCGGAAGAAUACCGAUUUGGGAACCCUGAAUGAGGCCCGGCCGUUUCGUAACAGUCACUUGCGCGGGCUCAGUCACGGGUCCAUUCUCCGGAUCCGCCCGUCUGCCGCGAUGGGUGGGAACAAUUCCCCCAGUCCCAGUAGCCCAAGAGAGCGCAGACGACUCAAAGAGGGCUUUGUCAAUCGCAUGUCAAGCUUGCCCGAGCAUAAGAGUGAGAGGGACGUUGCGGAUCCCAUCAUCGAGAGCGCCAAAGGGAUUCUGUUUGCCUUAUUCCAAGUACAGUCGCACAUUUCUGCCUUGAUCAACGUGAUAAAACGCGAUGAUACUCGACGGAAUAGCCUGGAGAUUGUCUUUUACAACGCAUCUACCCAUGUUCACCGGCUGAACGAGGCACUCGAGAAUGCAGAAAACCCUCGCUCGGACUGGACGCCUCAAUCGAAUGAGGCCGUUAGAAGGGAAUGUGAGACGUGCAUUAUGGCGUACGCCCACGUUGGCGCCCUACUACGCAACAGUUUGGACAAGAUUGUCGCCAAUGGCGAUCCGCGCUAUGUGCGGUCACUGAUGCUCAUGAUAUACGGUGGCAUUGUGGAAUUGCGGAAUGCCUGCGUGAGCCUUGGAGUUCCGCUCGAGACGCGGAAACGAGUCUCUACGAGGAAGCCAUCCGUGCCCGAGAUCCACAGGGAAUCCGAGCUGUCCAGUCGUGACAAGUUCCCUGGUUCUGCGAUGACCCCGACCAGAGGCCGCGACCCGAGUCUGACGGCGCGCCGGUUCCGCAGUGACACUACCAUCCAACAUCCUCAACUCACCGCGAGUGGACCACCACCCAUGCCUACCCAUUCGCAGUCGGCCUUGAGCUCGCCAGGAUUUGCGCCACCGUCGUUUGGGUUCGGUUCGCGGAGUCGCUCGAGUAGCCGAUCGAAUAUGGUCAACACAUCGGUGCCUUCGUCACUUGCCACCCCGCGCUCCGGGGAAUCCUUCCCGCCAAUGCCGAACGUCGUUGUCCCCCGAGUCAAUCCGCUCACGGGAUUAGAAGAGAUCGAGGAAGAGCGGAUCUUCGAAAGGAUCUUCUACCAACUGACAUCCGCAUACACGGCGGCCCUCCAAGCGUUGCCUCUGGCCCGUCGUCAGCUCAUGCGGUGUUUAGAGGUGGCCGAGCAGACACGGGAAUCAGAAGGAAUUCAGCUGCUGUGGAACAACCUAAUCCGGCGAUGUCGGAUCUGUCUGGAAGUAUCAGAGGCGCUGGGGAUGCGCCUUUCCAGCAUGAAAGUCAAGGAACCUGGGGGCGGGAUGCGAAACCAGCGCGAAUUCUGGCAACUCUGCAAAGGAUUCAUGCAGUCCUUCGUUGACCUAGUGACCGACAUGCGGGAAGUCAGGAGCAUGCAGCUGCUCCCUCCCGACAUGAUCACCAUUCUCCGUCCGGUCCAGAGGGCCAGCAGGGAGGCAGGGAGGCUGAUCGAGGCCUCGCCAUGGUCAUAUCUGGCCGAUAUGGCCGUGACCCAUGCGCCAUCGAAUCUCUACGGACCGCCCUUGCAGACUCAACAUCCCCAUCAUGCGCAAAUGAUGUCCGCCCCGCACACGUUCAAUACUGAUUCCUCUCCCACCCCGCUCAGUGCUGCGCUUGGCCCAGCCGCGCAGGCCACCAUCCCAUCCACGCCUGCAAGUGCAUACAGCGACAAAUUUUUCGAGGGGGAUGUCUUCCAGCGAGCGGACUCCCUGCUUUCGAUGCCGAAACACGCACCCAUUUUCCCUCGACGCUGA